CGGGCUGCGAAGAACGGGGCGACGCCGCUGGGCAUCGCGCAGAAGAAAGGCCACUCGUCCAUCGUUGCGCUGCUCGAGGAGCAUAUUUACCCGCUGCACGCCGCGGCCAAGACAGACGAAGUCGACGCGAUGACGCAUCUUAUCGACGGCGGCGCCGUGGUCGACCAGACGAAGAAGGACGGUGCGACGCCGCUGUGGAUCGCCUGCAGGAACGGCCACGUCGAUGCGGCGCGGCUGUUGCUGGAGAAAGGAGCGGAGGUCGAUCGGGCGACGGAGAACGGUCAGACGCCGCUUUUCGUCGCCUGUGCUGAGGGUCACGUCGACGCGGCGCGGUUGUUGCUGGACAAAGGCGCGGAGGUCGAUCGGGCGAAUGAGAACGGUUUGACGCCGCUGAUGCUCGCCUGCUACAAAGGCCACGUCGAGUUGGCACGGCUGGUGCUGGACAAAGGCGCGGAGGUUGACCGGGCUGCGGAGAACGGAGCGACGCCGCUGGCCAUUGCGAAGCGUCGGCAACAUCACGCGGUCGUCGCGCUGCUCAAAGAGUUCCUACCACUACCACUCGCUCCGCCGCGCCUCGGCCAACGGCAACAGUCGGAGGACAAGUGCUCUAUCUGCCUCGAGCCGUACAGCGACCGCGUGUGGACAAGGUGCAACCACAGCUUCUGCCGCAAGUGCAUCACGCAAGUGUGUCGGACGAAACCGCCGACGAAUCGAGCCCCGUGUCCGUUUUGCAGGCAGCCCGUGCUUUUGGGCGAGCUCACGAGACGAGGCGAGGCGGAACGCCGCGAGACCGAGCGACAAAUCGCGCCCCCGCCCGCUCCCGCCCGUGCGGCCUCGGAUACGACCAGCGACCUUGCAAUCGCGCGGGCGCUGAGCAGGGAUACCGACGCGGCGCUCGCGGCCUCCCUGCAGGCGGAAGAAGCGGCCGCCGCGUCCUUGCCUCGUCCUCCUCCUUGACACCACACACGUUUUCGCAUGGUCUCUCCGACCCUUCUACCACGGAUUCCGCUCCGCCUCUAGACGCAAAUGCGACUACUCGACUAAGAAUACUAUCUAUC